AUGGCUUGCUCCUCUACUUCACCGUGCUUAACCACGAGUCCAAUCCCGCCGCCGUCUCUGACACUGAGAGGCAGGAGGCUCUCUAACUUUCGGACGGUGAUUCGUUCGGCGACUUCGAACCCUCCGGACCCACCGGUGCCUCCAAAUCCUCCCCCACCGCUUAUAUAUCUGAAGCCGAUGUCUGAAUUGCUCUACCGCCUCCUCGUGAAGACUUAA